AUGGAAGCCACUGCCAUCGCUACGAUAACUUUCAUUUUUCUUGCAUCAGCUCUCACGGUGGUGAUCACCCUCUGCUAUAAAGACAGCACCCAUGGCGGCAGCAGCCACCACCGAAAGAGACACCACAAGGGAACUGUGGGUUUGUGUAGAGGGCAAACCAAUCGUGACAUAGAAAUCGGCGAAGGCAUGGACCCGAAUAGAGGGAAGAACUUGGCGGCAGCAGCAGUGGUUUCCACCGUCCUGGCCCCCGAUCAUGGUGGUGGUGGUGGUUGA